AUGCGUCCUGCGCUGGGGUGGUCUGUGAGGCUUAUUUUGAAAUCAGUGUUAUGGAAGAAUGUCAGUGGAUUAUUUACAGAUUCUCUCAUCUGGAAACCAGUUGCCACUUGUAUUGGUUACAGAUGGAAAACUCUUCUCUACGUGACAGGCAAGAUUGGAGGCCAGUGUAAUUGUAAGAGACAUGUGUCUGGCAGACAAUGCAAUCAGUGCCAGGAAGGAUUCUACAAUCUACAACAGUCAAACCCUGACGGCUGCAGUCCCUGUAACUGUAAUACCUCUGGGACAGUCAAUGGAGAUAUUACCUGUCACCAAAAUUCAGGCCAGUGCAAGUGCAAAGCAAAUGUUAUUGGUCUCAAGUGUGAUAGUUGCAAUUUUGGAUUUAAAGCUCUCCGAUAUUCUAACGAAGAUGGCUGUGAGCCUUGUUGGUGCAACAGCCACGGCUCGGUGAACCAGUUCUGCAACCCUCUCUCUGGGCAGUGCAAUUGUAAAGAACGAGUGAAAGGACUUCACUGUGACACCUGCGUGGACAACUUUUAUGGGCUGGAUGAAGCUGGUUGUAAGGCUUGCGAAUGUAACGUUGCAGGGUCGCUUUCUGGAACCACGUGCGACGUGAAGACAGGGCAAUGUGCAUGUAAACCAAAUACCGGAGGAAGACAAUGCGACGAAUGCCUAGAUGGCUACCGCAAAGUGCAGGAAAGUCAUUCCUUUGUUUGUCUGCCGUGUAAUUGUGAUAAGGCAGGUACAGUAAAUGGCUCUCUGCUUUGUGACAAAUCAACGGGACAGUGUCCUUGCAAAGCUGGUGUAACUGGCCUUCAGUGCAGUCAGUGCACACUCCAUACAUACAACCUCAGCAUGAGCAACCUCCUCGGCUGCCAGCGUUGUGACUGUGAUGCUCUGGGCACACUGGCAGGAACAGUUUGUGACCACGUUUCUGGACAGUGUGUCUGUUUGCCUCAGCGUCAGGGGAGAAGGUGUAAUGAGUGUAAACCAGGUUUUUAUUUUUCUCCAUCCAGUGUCACUGGCUGUCUGCCAUGCCUGUGCCACAUGGCUGGUUCAGUGAAUCAGAUCUGUGAUAAACUUACUGGCCAGUGUAUUUGCCAAGAUGCUUCUGUAACAGGACAGACGUGUCAACAUUGCAAAGAACUUUAUUUUGGAUUUGACUCUGUCACAGGGAGAUGUCAGCACUGUAAUUGUCAUCCUGCAGGAGCCAUUAGUGGGACUUGUCAUCUUGUUACUGGACAGUGUGUUUGUAAACAAUUCGUAACUGGCUUGAAAUGUGACAACUGUGUUCCUGAUGCUAGUAAUUUGGAUGUCCACAACCUAUUUGGCUGCAGUAAAACUCCAUUCCAGCAACCUCCUCCUACAGGAGAAAUUCUCAAUUCCUCUGUUAUCAGUCUUUCAUGGAGUUCCCCUGACUCUCCAAAUUCCAACAAGCUUACUUACCAGCUGUAUAGGGAUGAGGCUGAAAUUUAUACAGCUGAAGACUACUACCCUUAUAGUGUUCAGACCUUCACCGAUACUAUGUUAUCUCCAUAUACCUUCUACUCCUAUUACGUCCAAGCCAGCAAUGUUCAUGGUUUUACAAGAAGUGCCUUGGUGACAUACAGAACAAAAUCUGGGACGCCUACAGGAAACUUGCAUUUAAAUCCUGUCUUUCCUGUUAGUCAACACUCUGUUUUACUUUACUGGACAAGCCUCUCUAAUGACUCUGGGCCCAUAGAGAAAUACAUUUUGACAUGCACUAGCUUGGUUGAUCUUCAGCCCUGUGGUCAGUAUGAAGGCUUAAAAACCUCAGCAAUUAUUUGGAAUCUCAUUCCAUUUACAAAAUAUGUUUUUUCUGUGCAAGCUUGUACUAGUGGAGGCUGCUUAAAGAGCCAGCCAGUAACAGUAAUGACUGCACAAGCUCCUCCAGAAGGGCUACACCCUCCGGUGAUAGAAACCAUCAGCUCUACAGAACUGGCUGUGGAAUGGUCACCACCUGAGAAACCAAAUGGCAUAAUUAUAAGAUACGAACUUUACAUGAGAAAAAAAAUAAAACCAGCUGGGAACUUUCUUCCUCCUGAAAUUCGUAUUUUCCAAAGCAGUGGAUGGCUCAGUCCUCAACCAGUUAUGGAGUCUCCUAAUGAAAAUGCCCUGGCUCCACCGCAGACCAGUACCACAGUCACUGACCUGGAGCCAUUCACAGAGUAUGAAUUUCAUGUGCUAGCAGUAAACAUGGCAGGUAGCGUAUCUUCAGAUUGGAUGUCGGGACGAACAGGAGAGGCUGCCCCAGUGUUCAUGCCACCUCCGUCAGUAUUCCCUCUUUCACCCUAUUCCCUCAAUGUGUUGUGGGAAAAACCUGAGGAUAAUUUAGCGAGAGGAGAAGUGAUGGGAUACAGCAUCAGUUUGAUGACAGAACAAAGGUUCUUGCCGCCAUUUGCCCAGGUUUUGCAUAUAGCUGAGGCUGAUGAGCUGUCCUACGUAGCGACGGGGUUAAAACCUUACAGGACGUACAACUUCACCGUUACUCUCUGCAACCAAAUUGGCUGCGUAACCAGCGAGCCGGGCGUGGGGCAGACCUUGGCAGCUGCUCCAAGAAAACUUAGUGCCCCUCGUGUUGAAGGAAUAAACAGCACAACGGUAAAGAUAAAUUGGAAUGAACCUGAAGAACUUAAUGGGCCUUCUCCCAUCUACCAGGUGGAAAGGAUGGAUUCAUCUUUAGCUACAUUCACUACAGAAGUAAUGAAAGGGAUCCGUUUCCCAGGAAAUGGAUAUUACAGAUUCGCUAGUUCCACUCUCCCUGCCAAUACUUACUUUACAGGUAAGUGA